AUUCAGGUCAAACCACACAUAAACCGCGAGUUAACAACCUUGGGUGUUAAGCAAACACACCAGUGAAUAUAUCACUGAUAUGUGGAAAAAAAAAAUUAAAUGAAAAAUGAACUGCUGCCCUCAAGCUUCGGGGCAUUCAGUUCUCUCCUGCAUUGGGAAAUUUAGAAGUCUUUACGUUUACGUCGACUGACCCCCUCCAACGACCAACAACCUGAGUCGCCCUCUAUAUUGGACUGUUAGUUGACCUAUGUCUCUAUGGUUUGCUUCAAUUCCAUCCCAAUUUGUUUUUUUUUUUUUUUUACAAGGCUCUAAUUCCAUCCAUUGUUAACAAUAAAUAAGUGGUGAUUCAAAUAUUUACUCCCUAUCACGUCGGGAAUAACAGUAAUAGUAAUUGAAAAGCAAAAGUUGUUGGGAAAGUCAUAAAAGCAGCUCCCAAUUCCAGAAAGCUCUUCUGGGAACUUACAGAGCAAUCUACUUGGCCAAUAAGUUUACAUGCAAGCAAACCCACUAACUGCCGAAACACAGCCAAAGUUGCAGUAUAAAUAAGGCGCCUAAUCCAUCACAACCCCACGUCCAACCUUGUCAAGUUUCAUACGAGAGAGCCAACACUCGCAAAAACACUAUCUUUUGCAGGAAUCAAAUCAAAGAUGUCAGGAAAAGAUGAGGAUAGCAGCGGCAUAAGUCUAGCGGUUGCUGCUGUGGCCGGGGUAGCAGCUGCAGCUUACGGGAUAGCUUCCCUCUUUUCAGGCUCUGAAAGCACCAGCACCAACGACAAGACAAUGAAAGCUCCUGGAAGGGACGGCCGCAUUCUCAGGGAUGAUUUCGAGAAGAACCCUUCUGGCUACUUCCGCGAUCUUCGCAACAAGUAGAUGAUGAAGAAGAAGAAAGCUUCGUGAGAAGCCUAUCCUGCUCUAGUAUAAUAAGAGUUCCAUCCAUCUGUUAUCGUUUUCGCUUCUGCUAGUGUGCUACUGUCCCUUUCUGUUAUGUCUAAAUCUGAAUGAUGUUUAAAAUGCUGUCCUAGUAAUGUGCAUUUUGAAGUUUGCAUUUCCCUGGAGACUUAUGUUUAUUUGCGUCCAUAUCAUACUGCUCUCUCACUUCCACCGUGCAGAACUAGGAAAAAAAUUGCUUAACAACU